UUUUGGUAUAACCGGAAGUUGACAAGUAAACACCUUUGGCAGUAUCAUCUGGCAGACAAGAACCUUUCCCUUUUCAAAAUUUCAACAGUUUUAGGAGAAAUAUAAGAUGGCUGACUUUGAUCCAUGUGAGUGUAUAUGGAAUCAUGAAAAUGCUAUGCAAAGACUCAUAAAUAUGCUAAGAAACACACAGUCAUACUGUACAGAUAACGAAUGUGUAACAGAAUUGCCAGGAGCAGACAGUGCCCCCGAUGGAGGGUUCAGCACUAUGAUGUUAAUGAUGAUGGGGUGGAUGGUUGUUGCCACAGCUUUAUAUCUCCUCCGUCCCAGAAGUCUCAGACAAAGAGGUGAUAUGAAACCAGAGAGGAAUAAUGACCCCAGUCCUCCACCUCCAGGACCAUCAGUUUCAUAGAUAGUAAAGGAUCAUUAAAUCUCCACGGACCAGUGCAAAAAAAGGACAUUCUACUGUGAUCACGGAAUAAAAUAUAAACAAUUUUCUACUUAUAUUAUUAACGGUGAAAUUGACCUUUUCCUUGAAGACCACUAGUUUUUAAAUAUUGACUCUUUUAAAUUCCUUUUUAAUAUACUCGGGUUAAAUUAUGAAUAAAAAAGAUCAUUCUUAACAGGAAUUAUCAAAGCAGGAUAUGAAGAUAAUUUAGUUCAUAAAUUUCAAUAUUUAUAUAUAUGUAUAUCUGAUCUAUUUUUGACUCCGAUAUCUAUCCUGUUUAGUGCAUUCCUUGUCAUACAUUUUUAAUACUGCACAAAAUAAACAAUAUCUUUUUUAUGAACAAUUACCAUAGUAGCUUGUUAUAUUUUUUGUAAGGUUAUGAGCAUAUUCACAUUUCCUGUAUCUAAAUAUAGAAAAUAAAUAUAAAGCAUUAAAAGUGCUAGAGCUUUUAGUAAGUACUUCAUGACUGUAAUACUGGUAUAAAUGAGGUCAAAUUUGAUAACUGGAAUUUUCUAUACAUAGUGACUGUUAUAAAGGUAUCAAGGUAUAUUUCAUUACAAGAUCCUAUGAAUGUGAGUUCUAACAUGAAAUUGGCAGAGUGUUACUAUUACUGUAUAACCUGCCUUGCCUACAUUAUGAGAGGAAUAAUUUUUAUUUUACUAAAUAUGGAUUUGAAAUUAUAUUUAUCUGAAAACUGGUUAUCAUAAAACUAUUUCUGGAAUAUCCAUUGCAAUGUUUUGUACAUAUAUUUAUGUAAAGUUUUGAAUAUAUGUAAAUAAUAGCAGUUAGCUGUUUAUUUAAUAUUUUUGUACACAAGAAACAUAAAUGAUUUUUGUGAGACCCAGUUAGUAACCCUGUAAUGUAGAUUUGCCAAGGUAGUAGAAAAAACCAGUUCAAUGCCAUGUAAUAUCUUUGUUAAUACCUGGAUUUUAUAUAUGAUGAUGGCUGAUACUUUAUUUUGUCCGGGUAGAUUACUGAAAUGAACGGACUUACUGGAUGAACAAAAUAACCUGACUCUAUAUGGUAUUGCAGACAUAGGUCUUUUGGCUUGAUAAUUCAGGAGUAAACAACGUUUAGGUCUUUGUAGACAUUUCCUCAAAAACAAAACAAACUACAUCUCUUAAUGUCUUCUGUUGGGUUUGCUGUAUUAUUGACCUAUGCCCUAUAUCUCCUUUUGUUUAAACUUAUAUUGUUUUUUUCUGCUGUAUUUUGUGUCUCGUGUAUAUUUCCCUUUUGGAAGAAAUGGGUUUUUUUUUAUGCAGAGUAUUUACCGGGAAGACCUGUAUUUGUAAACAUUUAUAUAUGAACCGAGAGUAACAUAACUAAAAGUCUAUAUAACAUUAGGAAUCUUAUUGUUGAUAUUGUUGUUAAACCUUUGUACAUGUAAUACCUUGUUAUAAUUAUUAAUGAUGAUGGGAUUUUAGUUCAUUAUCUCACAACGGUUAUCCCGAUUCAAAAUCUGCGGAGACAUGCAAAUCCAAAGGAGCAAAUAAUGAAACAUUUGCAUCAUUAUAUAUGGAGUAAAAUGUGGAUCCUUUCCCAUGGUGAAUAAUUCUUCUGGGAAUCAGAUCCAGAUUUUACUUAUCCACAGUUACAAACUUUUCAUUAAUUGCCCCUUGGUUUCGGAUCGGGAUACCCGGUAUGUAUCUUAAUUGGAUAUUUUUUUGUGGAAAGCUAUUCACAAAUUUCACAAUAGCUGUGGGUAUCAACCAGUGCUUUGUGAUUGAUCAUCCACAAUACAGGGCUUAUAGAGUGACCAUUGGAUGAAGUGGUUAAUGAAAAUGAAAAUAUUGUAACAAAGUAUUACAUUUGUUAUUGUUGCUUGUUAUUUUAUUUUUUCCUAUGCAUAUAUGGUUGUACAUCCAUUAGGGUUUUUUUUAUCGAAAAGUGUAUUUCUUUAUUGUUUGAUGUUGUCAUUUUAGAAAAAAAUUGUCUUUGGAGUUGUCUUGUAGCAAAGUUCAAUCAUAAGUUUUGUUGAAAUUAUGAAAAUAAAUCGACUGAACUUUUCUUUGAAUGUAAUGACGGAAAUUUUGUAUUUCAAAUGUGUUGUUAUGCAUUUUCAUGUACUGCUACUGUCGUACUACAAAAGAGUAACCAAUAGAAUUUGAAGAAUUUCAAAAUUAAUAUUCUAGUCAUAUGAACGUUUUACAUUUGUAUUAAGCUUUCAGCCUUUUUGAAAAGUUCAAGUAUUUUACCCUUGUAAAAAACCAUUUAGAAUGAACUAAAUAUAAAAGUGUAAUUUUUUUUGGUGUUAUUUCGUUACUUCUUUGCCAAUGGUAUCAUGAUUUCACGAUUUAUUUGUUUAUGUUGGAUAAUUAUUUUUAUUACAUUGUUGCUAUUUUAGUUUAAAGAUUAUACAUUGCAUUCAUGUUAAAUCAUCUAAUGAAAGUUUUGGACAUAACAGAGAAAAGCUUUUAGGGUUUUCCAUUAAAACUUGUAAAGUGAAGAGAAGACACUUUAAAAUUGAUAUAUCAAAUAUUUACUCAAAAGACAAAAGCCAUACCUGGCAAGCUUUUAUAGUUCACACAAAGUAACCCUUGCUGAUGUCAAGUGAAAACAGUGAAGCAGGACUAUUGUUGUAGAUUUGGGAUUUACUUUUAACCCUGUCAAAUAAAAUCUGUUAUAUUUGAAAGUGAAUCACUCAUAAUCACCAGCUUUCACUGAAAAAUCACCACGAAGAGUGACUUUUGAGUGAAUCAUCUUUUGUGAACCGUUUGUGCGAUUCCCUAAUUUACGAAGAGUUUCUUUGGAGACUUUACUUGUUUUAAUAUAACAGUCUUAAUGUGUAACACCAUUAUAUUGUCAUUGUUAUUAUAAUUGUUAACUGUUGGGAAACCAUGGGAAUGUAACUGAGCUAGUGUUUGGUUUGAAAAAAUACAAUUUUAAUAAAAUCAUUGGCUUUAGGCUUUUUUCAUCACAGGUCAAGUUUAUAAGGAAUUCAUUUUUCAAUUAAUUGUUAAAGAAGUUGGUCAAAGUAUACAAAUUUAGAUUUUUCUUCAUUUUGACUUUGUUGAGAGAUGAUUUUAAUUUUCAUCAAUAAAAGGGGCUUUGAAAGCACUUGUUAUGAUAUAGCCCUUUUUUUCGCUUAUGUGGCGUCAAGCAAAUAACAUCAACCCUAUGAAAGUAAAUAUUAUUGUGAAGUUAUUUUGAUGGGCAUACAGCUAACUGUACAAAUUUGACAAAAGUUCUCUUUCCAAAAGCAAAAUUGAGGAGGCAAACACAUAAAAGAAGUUUAGGCUAUAAUCCUAUUUAUGCUUAUUGAUAUGUUUUGUUCUUUGUGACAUUGUAAAGAGCAGUAUUACGCCUAAAUUUAAUUUGGUGAUAAUUAAUUUUCUUGCAAGUGGUUUAUUUCAAUCUAAUAUAAUGAAGAGCUGUUUAAAAAAAUGUUUAAACAAAAAAUUUUUUCGGUGGAAAUUUGCUGUUCACCUUAGAUUUCAAUAGCUCUACAUAAUAUUCAAAUUUAACUGACUAGUUGCAAAAAAUCAGUUAACACCUGUUAAAGUUUGGAUGUAAUUUUAACUUUUAAGUUAUGGUCAGUUGCCAAGAAACUGUUUUAAGAGACCACUAAGGAAAGAUACUGAUGUUUGAAAUGUAUUUUUUUUUUCAUAAUAUUUUCAUACUCUGUGAUAUUAUAAAUUUCUGAUUCUCAUGUCAUCAAUAAAAUGGAUGUGGGAAAAAAUA